CAGUAUGAUUGAAUCCACUGCGCAUGCGCGUCAACGCGUUUGCCACGUACAGGUCCAGUCACUUCCGGAUGUGUAGCGCUGUUCGGAGCUAGUCCAGUGGAGAUUGGUCCUGCCAAAACACUGUAUACCGCUGCGGGAUCAACAGCCUAAACUCCAGCAGUAUGAAUGGGCAGCUGGACCUGAGUGGGAAGCUGAUCAUCAAGGCUCAGCUGGGCGACGACAUCCGUCGCAUCCCAAUCCACAAUGAAGACAUCACCUACGACGAGCUCCUGCUCAUGAUGCAGCGUGUUUUCCGCGGCCAGCUUCAGAGCAGCGACGAAGUCACAAUCAAAUAUAAGGAUGAAGAUGAUGACCAUAUCACCAUCUUUGACAGCUCUGAUCUGUCCUUCGCCAUCCAGUGCAGCAGAAUAUUAAAGCUCACUCUGUUCGUGAACGGGCAGCCGCGGCCACUGGAGUCAUCUCAGGUUAAACACCUGCGAAAGGAGCUGAUCCAGCUGAGGAACAGAAUCAACAGCCUGCUGGACAGCCUGGAGCCGCCCUCAGAGCCUGCACUGGAGAACAACAACCCCGAGACGGAAUGUGUGGAAGCUGUAGACACAGCAGUGAAGCAGGCUCCUCCGGUCAGCGCUGCCAGCAUGUCUGCCUUCGACCCCCUGAAGAACCAAGAAGAGGUCAGCAAGAACGUCAUCUCGGCGUUCGGCCUGUCCGAAGAGCCUGCUCAAGCCUCAGCUGUAGCUGCAGUGGACGAACGCUCUGGUACUCCUGACAGUAUUAACUCCUCCUCCUCUGCAGCUCAUCCUCCUGCUGGGGCAGCUCAGGGUGCCCCACCUUACUCAGGGGUACAACAAUCUUCUGCCACCACAAUGGAUGGUCAGUUGUAUCAGCAGUAUCAAGCUCCAGGUGGAUAUCCUCCUCAGCAGCCGGCCGCUCCUCAGCAGCAAUAUGGCAUGCAGUACCCUGCAGGUUAUACUACUCAGCCUGGUGGUCCUCAAGUCCCUCCGCCUCAGCAACAGUUCCAGAAUUACCCCACCCCUACAUCUCAGGCUGCUGCUCCUGGCUCCGCCCCUGGAUUUAGUACCCAGUCACAGGCUCCACCUGCUCCCCAGCCCCAGGGUGCAGCCCAGUACCCACCACCUCAGUUUCCUUCUCAGAACUACACUUCCCAGGCCUCCCAGCAGCCAGCCAACUACAACCUGCCGCCCACCUCCCAGCCGGCCCCAGGGUAUCAGCCUCGUCCUGGAUACACCCCGCCCCCUGGUGUGACCCCGCCCCCUGGGGGCUCUAAUCCCUAUGCCCGCAACCGCCCCCCUUAUGGUCAGGGCUAUGCCCAGCCCGGCCCUGGUUACCGGUAAAAAUCGGCUGCAGCACUAGUGUACAAGAUGAAACCCCAACGCCCUGAGUUUGAUGUGGUGUGAGUGUGAAGAUGUGAGUGAACGAAAGAAAUAGAAUGUGAGAGGUUGCACAGAUCAGAACAAACAGUGUAGUGUGUGUGUGAGUGUGUGUGUGUGUGUAUGUGUGUGUGGUGGGGGUGAGGUGGCUCAUUGGUGUGAGAACAUCCUGUGCAUGAUUGUUUUGGUGUGUUUUGGCGUGAGUAUGAGUUUCAUUUUAACACUUUGUCUACUUGUUGGUGUUAUCGUGUGUUAAAUCAUGCGUCAGUUUUCUGUUGAAACACUAGUUAUAAUCACAGCUGAAGGAAAUUAAAUUGUUUAAUUCUCUUUUUCUCCCUCAUUUUCUCCUUUUCCUCAUUCCCCCUCUCCUAGUUUUUACUAAUACCUGACUGGCCCUGCUCAGUGGCCUAAGUCAUUCUGUAUAAACUGUAACAUUUGUUUUCUGGAGGUGAAUAAAGACUUUAAAACUAAAGAUCAAA